ACACUUAGCGGCGCAUCACAGCGCGCCGUCCAGGGCCGAGUGGCAAGUCUAAAUAAUUGACCCCACCGUGCGGCCCCGUGCAAACAAUUUACGCCCGGGCACGCGUAAAUAACGACCACCCCCGUCACAUUGUAAUCGCAGCGGAAACGCGUGGCCGGCACCACGAGUACUCGGUAAACACACGCGCGGCCGGUGCGCGCGAUCGUCUCUUCGUUUCGGAGUGGAUAUCAGUGAGAAGGAGGCCCUCGCAAACCCGGUGUGAACCCGAUUUGCAUAGAAGUUUCCGCUAUACGGUAUCGCUGGGAAAAUUGGUGAAGUGGAUACGCAUUUUGCCCCGAAGGAUCCGCGAUCCUAGAAUGUUCGUGGAGGCGUGACCAGGAGAGAAGACUCCAUAUGGACCAGACCGUGAUCGUCCCGUCGACACCGCGCGGCGCACCGGAGAACGCGAGGAUCAUCAUGAAGAACGAGUCGGACGCGGCGUUGCACCUGCAGGAGCAGUCCGCGGUGGCCCAUUCGACCUCGUCCUCGGUGGUACCGAGGAGCAGCUUGUCGAUCGGUGGCGGUCUGAGCCAGGACCAGAGCCUGGUGGACUCUCUGAUCUGCAAUCCGUCGAGCACGGAGCUGCCGAGGAAGCCGGGCGCGCGUCGCCAGGAGAAGCCGCCUUAUUCCUACAUCGCGCUGAUCGUGAUGGCGAUCCAGUCGAGUCCUGGCAAGAGGCUGACCCUGUCGGAGAUCUACUCGUUCCUUCAGCAACGGUUUCCCUUCUUCCGCGGCGCUUACCAGGGCUGGAAGAACUCGGUGCGCCACAAUCUCAGCCUGAACGAAUGCUUCAUCAAGCUGCCGAAGGGCCUGGGCAGACCCGGCAAAGGACACUAUUGGACGAUCGACCCGUCGACGGAGUACAUGUUCGAGGAAGGCGGAUUCCGGAGGCGGCCGCGAGGCUUCCGUCGCAAGUGCCAGGCCUUGAAGCCUCAGUACCCGCAGUACUUCUCCGGGAGCGGUCCCGUCAGCGUCCAGGCACCUGGCUACGAGAACCUGGCGUCUGCCGGCAUGGACUACGCGAACGGCUACCAGAACCAGUACCAGAACUAUCAGGAGUACGCGAUGUACGCUCCGGGCGCCGCGGUCUCCGCGGACUGGGCCUACCCGGAGGCCACCUACAAAACGCCGCCCAUCGCUGAGGUGACCUACAAGACCACCGAGGUCACCUACAAGACCGGCGAACCGUCGGUUUACAGGAACGGGGAGCUCGUCGCCUUCAAGAGCGAGCCCGGUUACCCUAGGAGCCAGGACCAGCUGGCGUACAGGGCCGCCGAAGGAUUCUCGGUGAAGGAUCACCAGCAGCAUCACUCGGAGUCGGUUUACAAGGACAACGAGGCCAUGAUGGCCUACAAGUGCCAGUCGAAUCCCGUGACCACGUCUCAGACACCUGGACAGGACUAUUACGUAGGUUACGGGCUCGGGGUCAAUAAUGUUGGCGGAAACGUGAACGCUGCUGCCAUUCAGGGGAUCCCGGAAACCGGGAACAGCAGCCCCGCGGGCAAUGUCAGCUCAUCGCAUAGCGGUUGUCAAACACCUGUGACGGACAAUGGGCUGAAAAUGCAAUGUUCAAAUUCAAACUCGACCAGCUCCGGAGGCGGACUGAUCGACCGGAAGCCAUCCUACUUCAGCCAUCCCGCGGGCUCGGUGUCCCUGAGCUCGUUAGGCUCCCUGGGAUCGCUGAACCUCAGCAACAUCGGCGGUCUGAGCAUAUCGAACAUACCUGGCGCGGUCACCUCGAACAUUCACCACGGCACGACGACACCUUCGUCCGCGAUGUACUACGAUCAAAUCAAGUACAGCAUGUGAACAUUUGUGGAGCAGUGCUAUCGAACGCAACGUACUAAAAUGCUAGUGUCGCACCUUCGAUGAACGGUGCGAAAGCAGAUUCGUCGGCUACGAACUCGUAUAAAACGUACAAGUGUUCCCGAGGAACAGCGGCGACGAAAAAAUAACGUGUUUUUUUUCGCGAGAUAAAUCACGGUUUCUCGCUGCAUGGCUAGCUAAAUGAACCGAUCUCUAUUAUACGAAAAGAAAGCGUGUAUUAUGUUUUAAGUUGUAUAAAAGCGAACAGAGAUGAGACGAUAUCUUUUAUUUAUAUUUAUAGCGAACUAUGAAUGUUGUUAACUUAAGAUGCCGCGGAUUAGAUAUUGUAGAAUUAAAAAGUUCUUUGGUAAUGAAACAACUAAUGGCCCCUGGUUGCUUUAAUAGCGUUCACAUUAUUCAACCUUUACUUAAUCUCUACAGCGAUCAUUCGACUGCGGAUCUUUAUGCAAAUUCUCAUUAAAGUCUAAAUAAAGGACUUUCUUACGUCCGAUUAGAAGAUUCCUUGUGGCUAAUAUCGAAUUGUAAUAUAACUAAUUGUCAUUAGCGUGCAUGUUCCAUACGCAUGUACCGUGAAUGCGCAAAAUGUCCGUGGUCUACUGAUCAUUCGCGAAGAUCUUAUUGCUUUCAAAGCUUCAUAGAUCUUUAGAGGAAUAGCUCGAUUUGAAAUGCACAGAAAAUUGGAAAAUAACAACGUUUAGCCACUGUUGGUUGCUCUAAAGUGAUGUUGCUAAAGUAUUUUGUUCUGUUGUUUUCCUUCUACUUCGCACAUCGGAAUAAAUUCAAUUUUCUCUUUUUUAAAUUGUGAA